AUGGAGCACCUCGGGGCUCACCACCUGCACCAAGGCCAAGCCGAGCCCAUCAGCUUCGGCAUCGACCAGAUCCUCAACACGUCGGAGCCGGGCAGCUGCAUGGUGUCACACCCCCGGCUCCAGGACUCGGCGGACUACGGGCUGGGCUGCAUCGUGGGCAGCGCCUACAACACGGUCACGGGUGGCUACGGGGCGAGCGGCGGCGCGGCCGGCGCCUACACCGGCACCUCCUGCAGCAUGGGCGGCCUGCCCGGCUCUUACAACGUGAACAUGGCGGUGAGCAUGAACGGCAACACCUUGAGCUCGGCCGGGGGGGUGAUCCGCGUCCCGGCCCAUCGCCCGGUGGCCGGCGGCGUGCACCAGCCCCUCUCCGCCGCCGUGCCGGCGGUGAACGGCAUGAACAGUCUCACGGGGCUCACCUUUCCCUGGAUGGAGAGCAACAGGCGGUACACAAAAGACAGGUUCACAGGUCACCCCUACCAGAACCGCACGCCCCCCAAGAAGAAGAAGCCGCGCACCUCCUUCACCCGCCUGCAGAUCUGCGAGCUGGAGAAGCGCUUCCACCGGCAGAAGUACCUGGCCUCGGCCGAGCGCGCUGCCCUGGCCAAGGCCCUCAAGAUGACGGAUGCCCAGGUGAAGACCUGGUUCCAGAACCGGCGCACCAAGUGGAGGAGGCAGACGGCGGAGGAGCGAGAGGCUGAGCGGCAGCAAGCGAACCGCAUCCUCAUGCAGCUGCAGCAGGAGGCCUUCCAAAAGACCAUCAACCAGCCCAUCCAAGCCGACCCCAUCUGUGUCCACAACUCCUCUCUCUUCGCCCUCCAGAACCUCCAGCCUUGGUCUGACGACUCCACCAAGAUCACCAGCGUCACCACUGUUGCCUCCGCUUGUGAAUAA